ACAGAUGUAAGCGCCUUUUGCGUCGACAUAACAUAGAAAGCACAUUAUAAAACAACACAAGUUCCAAUUGACAAAUUGUUGAGUAGAUCAAAUAAAAACAAACGAAAGGAUGAACAGAAUUUGCCAAAUUCUAUUGCGCCCGAGCUAUGCCAGCAAUUUGGCGAUGACAGCAGCAAAAACAACAAUGCCACAAGUGCUGGCAUCCGCCACACCACGUUGGUACAGCGCAGACACAUCUGCUCCGCCACCGGCGGCAUUGGACAAAGCCACACUUGACAAACUGGUGCGCACCAACAAGGUGGUCGUAUUCAUGAAGGGAAAUCCACAAGCACCACGCUGCGGCUUCAGUAACGCUGUCGUUCAAAUAAUGCGCAUGCAUGGCGUUCAAUACGAUGCACACGAUGUUCUCCAGAACGAGGCACUGCGUCAGGGCAUUAAGGACUACACCGAUUGGCCAACCAUACCACAGGUCUUUAUCGAUGGUGAAUUUGUGGGCGGCUGUGAUAUCCUGCUGCAGUUGCAUCAGAGUGGCGAUCUAAUCGAGGAGCUCAAAAAGGUGGGCAUCGUGUCGGAGUUGCUGAAGGCCGAAGAGGCCAAAGACACGGCGAAAAAGUAGGCCAAAAAACAAAAUACCUACAUAUGAGUGGUCUAAACGCUAUGUUUUAUUAUUAAAUCUUUAAUUAAUGAGUUA